AUGCUGCCACCAACAACCACCGCGGGCCGCCUGCUCCUCCUGGGCACCCUCUUCCUCUCCGGCACCACCGCCCUCGCCCAACAGCAAGCACCCGACCACCAGGAGAUGCGCCACAACCCGCUGGGCCGCCUCUUCCACGGCAUCGCCGCUAGCCCCAAGCCCAACAAGGCCGCCCGCCCCAUCGCCCCCGCCGACCCCGUCCAGUCGUCCUACGACACCAGCACCGGCGUCGACCCCUCGACCUGGAGCCACAUCGCCGACCCGACCUACGGCGGCCUCCGCGGGCCGCCGCUGCCGCAGCAGCAGCAGCAGCAACCCCAGCUGCAAGCAUCAGCCGUCAGCGGCAGCGGCGGACGGCAGGAAUUCGUCAUCGUCAACCACGACCCGGUGCAGACCAGCUACGACACCAGCACGGCCGCCGACCCGACGGACUGGCGCCGCAUCUCGGACCCGACGUACGGCGGCAUGACGGCGCCGGGCCCGGCGGAGACGCAGAUGGUCGCCAAGCGCGCGGACAGCAGCUCGACCAGCAGCAGCAGCUCGUCCAAGUCUGGCAAGGAUAACAAGUCGACGACGACGGAGACGACGAGCCGUAGCGGUACGACGGAGACGGCGACGCGCACGGAUACGCGCAGCGCGUCGGGCAGCUCGUCGGCGAGCUCGGCGAGUUCGUCGGGCGCGGCGGCUCCCGGGGUGAUUGUGCCGUGGGUGUUUGCGGUGCUGUUGAGGUACUUGUGA